AUGACCUGCAGCGGCAUGGCACUAGCGCCGUUCCGGACACUCUUGCGGGCGCGAGAGAGUGGUUCCCUUGCAGGCAUGGACACGCGAUCCUGGCCACUCUACUUCUUCAACGGCAUCACCUGGUCUUUCUAUGCCGUCAUGCUGGGUGACAUGUACAUGCUGCUAGCGAAUGUGAUCAGCGUUGUGAUGUGGAUGUAUUUUUGUAUGGCCGCCAUAAGCUUGCUCUCGCGCGAGGAGGGAGAGCUCGCGCCGCCCGCACCAGACGAUGCUGGCGGGGACGCAGGCCUCCUGACGCGCAAGGAUACGCUGCACAUGCACGGUCUCUCCAAAUCCUACCGCAGGAAGGCCAUCCGCAGCACCGAACAACAGCUGGCCUUCGGCUUGGGGCUGAUGUUCAUCCUGUCCUUCCUAACGCAGGCGACGGGCCAAGGGGGCCUGGAGUUCCUGGACACCUUUACCGUCCAGGAGGGCCCCUAA